AUGGCGUCUUCCCCGGCCCUCUCAUCCAAGCACACUAAGGAUGAUGUUCUCCACAUCACCACAAACAACUUUCUUACCGACCCCACUAUGAGGUACGGUGUCAUCGCGUUUCUAUGGAUCGCGACUAACCCUGCUAUCUUGCGCUAUGCUAGGCGUAGUUAUACAAUUCAUUGGCACGGUUUAUUUCAAAUGAGGACCUCUUCCGAAGACGGACCCGCUUUCGUCAAUCAAUGUCCCGUGGCUCCGACGCAUUCUUACACCUAUGAUAUUCCGCUCAACGGGCAACCUGGAACCUUCUGGUACCAUAGCCAUCUUGCAUCGCAAUACGUGGACGGCCUUCGAGGACCUUUGGUGAUUUAUGAUCCUGAUGACCCAUACCUCGAUAUGUAUGAUGUUGACAAUGCUGACACGGUAAUCACACUCGCCGACUGGUAUCAUAACCCGUCCAUUGGUCUCUCCGAGACAUACUUACAGGUUAACCCUUUCCAUGAGCCGAUUCCGGAUAGCGGUCUCAUCAACGGCAAAGGGCGAUUCGUGGGGGGUCCCACUGUCGACUGGGCGCGCAUUAAUGUUCAGCCUGGAUUGCGCUAUCGCUUCCGCAUCAUUAACAUGUCCGGCUACUCGGGAUAUACCUUCUCAAUUGAAGGUCACUCUCUUACGAUCAUUGAGGUUGAUGGGAUAUACCAUGAACCCUUGACCGUCGAUGCCUUCGACAUUUACGUUGGGCAAAGAUACUCCUUCAUUGUCCACGCGGACCAACCGGUCGCCAAUUAUUGGAUCAGCGCUCCCAUGGAACUACAACAUUCGUCUGAUAACAAGAAUCUGGACACCAACAACGUUUUCGCCGUUCUGCACUAUGAAGGUGCCGAUGACGGCGAACCCAAAUCCAACGUCGCUUCAUUGAAAAAGGGCAAUGUGUUAGAGGAGCAUCUUCUGGUCCCAUUGAGAAACCCCGAGGCGCCUGGCGGGAGCAACCCGGCGGACAGAGUCAUCGAUCUCCGCUUCACCCGUACAACGAACGACGCUACCGGUCAUCUCGAGUGGACCAUCAAUGAUAUUAGCUACAAAUCUCCUGACCUCCCGACUUUGUUCAAUAUUAUGAUUAACGGAUUCACUGAAGAAAACCAAUUCUCCACCCCUGAACAUACGUUUGUUCUCGCUCCAAACGAAGUUGUCGAGGUUGUCAUCCACGGUUCCGCCAACGCCCAUUCCAUUUGCACGGCCACGUCUUCUCCAUCGUUCAAGGUCGCGAUGGUCCCUGCCAACUUCAUCAACCCACCCCAGCGAGAUGUCGUUGGUGUCGGAGGAUCCACCGUUAUCAUCCGCUUCAGGGCCGACAAUCCCGGACCGUGGUUCCUCCACUGCCACAUUGAUUGGCACUUGGAAGCUGGUCUGGCUGUCGUCUUCGCUGAGGCCCCCAAGGAAGAACAAUCCGGUCCCAAAUCCGAGAUCAUCAAGCAAAGCUGGGUGGACCUUUGUACUAUCUACGCUGCUCUCCCUCCCGAGCUUCAGUAA